AUGUUCAGGAACGUUUCGGUUUUCAAAACUGAUGUAACUGGCGUGGAGAAGAUGUUUACAGACAUAAACGCAGUAAAUGGAUAAAUAAUAAGCACAUAAUCUAUUAAAACCGAUCAGGACUUGAAUGGAUGGUAAAAUGAUUGGACCUGGGCCUUAUAGGGCAACGAAAUUGUGGAAUGAGACCAUCAAGCUCUUCCGUGGUGGAAUGCCAGUCAGACGUCACUGGGCUCAUUUCAGGAGUUACGAUCACAGUUUCACCGGAGCGGAGGCUGUCGACUUUCUCCAUGAUCUGCUCAGACAAAACCAGAACUUCGGGCCGGAGGUGACGCGCUACCAAACGCUCCAGUUACUGCGAAAAUUCCUCAAAAAUCACGUCAUCGAGGACGUCAAAGGACGGUUUGGUAAAGAGGACUUAGAGGACAACGGGCAUCUAUACAGAUUUCCUCCACAAUCACCUCUGAAGCCUGUCCCUGUGCGUCCUCCUGUAAGAGAUCACGGCUCAGUUCCCAGAAUCCCACGCUGGGACGACUAUGAGGAGAUUACAGUGCCGGAGAAGAUCCCCAUGAAGCCUCUUAUGAAUUCGGAGUCGUGGAAUAAGAGGCACAGCAUCGCCAUUGGUGAGGUUCCUGAAUGCCGGUUAGUCCGGAGGACCGAGUUAACCCCGAAACACGUGGACCAGAUAUGGAAGUCAAUGACACUAACACAUUUACAGACUGUUUUGGGUCUCCAGUCUCUGGACGGGGUUCUAGAUGCCAAACGUCUGAACCCGAAGCACAUCGUUCACAAUGUAUUUGGUGUUAAUAAGCAGGGCAUUGUGGUCCUGAAGAACAAAACAGAAGACGUGCCUCAUUGGGUUUUAUCUGCAAUGAAAUGCCUGGCAAACUGGCCCAAUGGCAGUGACGCCAGGCAGCCCAUGUAUCCAGGGUUUGAGAGAGACGUCUUCAGGACAGUUGCGGAACAUUUUCAGAGACUAAAAGAACCACUUUUGACCUUCCAUCUGUAUGAGAUAUUUGUCAGUAUUUUGGGUCUUCUGCAGAGGCAGCCGGUUGCGGUUGAAGCGUUGCAGGUCUGCUGUCUCCUGUUGCCUCCGGCCAAUCGUCGUAAACUACAGCUGUUAAUGCGUCUGAUGGCUAAAGUCUGCGCCAACCCCUCACUCCCCCCUCUGAACGACACCAUAGGAGCGCGAACUCUGAUGGUCCAGACCUUCUCGCGGUGCAUUCUGGGAUCUGCGGAUGAGGUGGACUUGGAUGAGCUGUUGGCCACAAAGCUGGUCACGUUUAUGAUUGAUAACCAUGACAGUGUGCUGAAGGUGCCGUCCAACCUGCGAAAAUCUGUCGAGGAGCAUCUGUCCCACCUCAGAAGAGCUCAGAUAAAGUACGCGGGUGCGGACACGGACUCCUCGGUGGCGUCUCCGCCUCACUCGUUCUGUCGUCAGAUCAGCAGAGAGGAGUUUGAGCACCAGAGGGUUUCAGCAUCUCAGGGGGCCAUCGUGGAGCUGCUGGAGAGCAUCAUACAAGACAAGAACAUGACCAUUAAAGACAAGAAGAAGAAGCUCAAGCAGUUCCAGAGAUCUCAUCCUGACAUCUACCGAAGACGCUUUCCCACCGCUGAAAGUGAGGCGGUGCUUUUCCCAGAGAGACCGCAGAGACUCAAUCCUCAGCUGAUGUUCCUGACGCUGAAGAAACCCUUCCAGCCCUUCCAGAGGAGCUGGAGCUUUCGGGCCUGAGUCUCAUGUGUUACUAUCCAGGAGAGAUGUUACUGAACAUUACAGGUGGUGCUAUGACAUCCUAAAUCCACAUAACACCCGGUUCACCUCGUCAGCGAUCAGCUGACUGCUUUGUUGGAUUGAUGAAUGUAUAAUGCUGUGCAUUUGAGCCGUUUAACGCGAGACACUACAGGCAAAACCAGUGUUUUAUUUUGCUUCCAUAACUUGUCUUCUUUCAGACUAGUGGAAAGAAAACAUCCAAAAUAUACAUUUAAGUCUUUAUUUAUUACACUUGAUCUCUUUGCGUCUGUAGAUUUCAAUUAUAAUACAUAUCUUUAAAGAUGUUUUCUCAAAAUGAGAUGCACAGAAAUCUCUGAUUCAGUCGCUGAAGUUUUUUUCAUAAUUCACUCAUCUGAUAUAUAUUUAACAAUUUAUUUUUAAAAAAGGUCAAAAAUAGUUUUCUGUCUG